AUGGCCCUGAUUCAAGCCAAACCAUUCCGCCUGGCAUUGCUCCAGCUUGGCCCGUUGGGCAGGGUGAAAUCCGCCAAUAUUGACCUGGCGAGAAAGGCGGUCGAGCAAGCUUCGAAGAGCGAGCCAAAGCCUCACUUGAUCGUUUUGCCAGAGAUCUGGAACAGCCCUUACGCCGUUUCAGACUUUAGGGAGUACUCGGAACCUGUUCCCGAACCUGGCUCCUCUUCUUCUUCAUCAUCAUCUUUAGAUGAAGGCGAAACUAUUAGAGCUCUUCGGGAAAUGGCUCGAGGUGCCGGCUGUUGGUUGAUUGGCGGAUCUAUACCUGAACGAGAAAUAUCCACAGACAAGAUAUACAACUGUGCCACGGUCUACGAUCCGGAGGGUCGACUCGUCGCUAAACAUCGUAAAGUUCACUUGUUCGAUAUCGAUAUCCCUGGUCGACAGACGUUUAAAGAGUCCGAGACGUUGAGUCCAGGAGACUCGUUGACGACAUUUGAAGCUCCAUUUGGAAAGAUCGGUCUUGGUAUAUGCUACGAUAUUCGAUUCCCUGAAAUGGCUAUGAUUGCAGCUAGGCAAGGUUGUAUCGCCAUGAUCUACCCCUCCGCCUUCAACACGACCACGGGGCCUAUGCAUUGGAAAUUGUUACAGCAGGCAAGGGCCAUGGACAAUCAAAUCUACGUGGCCAUGUGUAGUCCGGCCAGGAACAAAGAAGCUUCAUAUCAGGCGUAUGGUCAUACCAUGGUCGUCAAUCCUCUCGCCGAAGUGAUGGCCGAGGCGGACGAGCAUCCAACAAUCAUUUACGCGGACAUCGACCCAGAGAUGCUUGCUACGACUCGACGAAAUCUCCCCGUCACCAUCCAGAGACGAUUUCAAGUGUACCCCAAUGUCGCUGAAUAG